AUGACCGUCACCGAAUCGAUAAAGAAUGCCGUCGGCCUCAGCGACCAGAAGGCCACCCGCGAGGAGAUGAGCGCCGCCCGCCUCCCUCUCGCCUACCGAGACUCAUGCGCACACCUUCUCAUCCCGCUGAACCGCUGCCGGCACGAGGAGUACUACCUGCCGUGGAAGUGCGAGAAUGAGCGUCACACAUACGAGAAGUGCCAGUACGAGGAGUUCAAGGUGCGCGUGGCCAAGAUGGAUGAGCUCAGGGCGGCCAAGAACGGGCAGCGAAGCAACUAG